AUGCCUCGAAAAGAGUUUCUGGAAGAAACACAGCCAUACAUAUUUGUAGCGCCCUACGCACAUACGGUCUUCUUCGCAGGCGACUCUUUCCUCGUGUUCGCAGAGGGUGUGGUUCCGCCGCCUCCUGGUUCUGUACGAUACAGUGACGCUGAGAAGGGUAAAGUAGCUAGACUGCUAGAGUCUUUCUACCUACAUUCCUCAACCUACAUUCGCGUCAAUUUAUGGAUGGCGCUAAUGCAAGCAGAAGAGCGGAAGCGGGCUGUUGAGAUGAAUGCUCACGAUGACUUACAUUCGUCUUUGUCCCUUACCUCGUCCAACAUCCCCGUCACUCCCUCCCAGUUCUAUCUCUCGAACCAUCUCCACCAGUAA